CGGUGGUGUUGGCGCCAUGCUUAUUCUCACAGGUUUGAACCCAUUUUCGAUUAUCUGUACAAGCAAUCGCGGGCCAAGCAAGCGGGUGAUGCUGACUUGUUAUCUUUAUUAUUUUUUUAACUUUUAUUUGAACAGCACGACACAAUAUGGCCACGCCGACGCAGCUACUCAAAUUGGCGCUGUUUAGCGGGGGCGUCUCGGCCACGGGGAACACCAUUGCCCAGUACUUAGUGUCACGCACUCCUGAGUCAACACAGUCUGCUUCCAAAAACAGCUCUCUGAUCCCAGGGUACGAGCCCGUGCAGGCGCUCCGCUUCUUUGCCUACGGCGCAGCCUUCACACCCUUUUCAUACCGCUGGCACGCAUUCCUCAACUGGAGGUUUCCGAUAGGCAGCACGAUAAAGACAGCGGCCUCCAAAAAGCUGGGCGAAUCGGACGUAGUCCAGUCGGCAGCUCAGCGCGUAGGGAUGGUCUUGAAGCGCGUCGCAAUCGACCAGGCUGUGUUUGCACCUCUCGCUACGGGUGCCUUUGUCUUCGGGAUGGGCGCGCUUGAGGGACUGGGCCAGCGCGGGCGCACUCAGUACAUGGACAUUCUCCUGGUCAGCUAUGCGCUGUGGCCAGCUGCCCAGCUGAUCAACUUUAGCGUCAUUCCGCUGGCAUAUCGCGUGCCUUUUGGAAGCACUAUGAGUCUCUUCUGGAACACAUACCUGGGCUGGUCGAGCUGGAAGGCCAAGCAGAGCCAAAAACCACAUACCCCGGCAGCCAGGGCCAUUGCUGGCCCCGAGGUGGCAUCUGCGAAUUAGCACGCCCAAAGCAGCGAACGGGCAUUUAUAGACUGUAGAAGAUGGAACAUAAGAUAUAUGAUGUUAAUCAAAUUGCAAAUUACAAACUACAAGUUGCAAAUACCAUGCGCCAAGAUUACGCUGAGACACACGUCAGUGUCAUCAGUCACAGCUCCCAUCCCUGG